AUGACGCAACAUUCAUCAAAUAACCGAAAUUUUAACAUUCCUAAUACCGGAAACCCCUAUCAUAAAACACGUGGAACUCAUGCGCGCGUCUCUAGAGUAAGGGUGACAACAGUUGGAAAGACUUGUUUCUCUGAAAAGCAACUUAGAAGUUGUCCAAAGUGUAAAGAGUCUGCAAAUAACGUGAAAAUGCUGACGGCACGUGUUGGAAAAAUUGAAUGUUUGGUUAAUGCUUUAGCGAAAACUACUCAGAAUUUAACAUCAAUGUCGAAGCGAGAGGAUCGAUUCGCUCAACAUUCGAGGUUUGGAGGACUAGAUUUAACACGUUGUAGCCUUCAAGAAUUACAAAGAUUGGUAGUAGCAACGACGAAUAUCAUGGUUCCCUCAAAUAACAAAUUAUCACAAAAAUCAAAUCAAAACCCUCAUCCUUCCAUCACUUCCGAUAAUAUUAAUAAUGAUAAUGCCGCCGAAAAGACCAUUUUGCAUUCCGAACCUAUUGAAGAUGUAAAAAUAUUCCAAGAAACAAGUUCUGCACUCCCGUCAAGUCAUCAUAAUCAAAUGCAGAUAGCGCCGACAUCUCCUAUUAGAACUGCUACAUCUGUCUUAAAAUGUAAAUCAUUGCGUCAAGAUUCAGGAUUUUUAGAAUCAAAGCACAUGCUGCCCUCUGAUAAUGCUGAGAAUGCCGAGAACGUUCAAAUUAACGGAGAGAGUCGUUAUUCUGAUGAUUAA